UCCAUUCUGGUUCACAUUCCAGUUCAGAAGGGGGCGGUAAUGCACACUUUUGCACACCGUUUGCCAAGCGCUAUUUAAUCUAAGAAGAAGAAGAAAAAAACAACAGACAUGUAGUCGCACAACAGAUGGUUGUCCCGGUCACAGUGAACAGUAAUGGGCGGGUCCAGAGUUUGUUUGAAGACGGUGGUCUGUCUUCGUUAGUGGUUACGUAUGGCGUGGCCGGUCCAGUUUCUCUUCCGGGGCCUUCGCACUGUCGGAUUGGUUCUCCUCUACUACGUCUUCUCCAUAGGCAUCACCUUCUAUAACAAAUGGCUGAUGAAAGGCUUCCACUAUCCCUUGUUCAUGACGCUGGUUCAUCUUGGGGUCAAUUUCUGUCUGUCAGCUCUGACGCGGCGGGUUAUGCAGUGCUGGACAGGGAAGCCCCGCAUCAUUCUGACCUGGGAAGACUACCUCCGUAAAGUUGCGCCAACAGCCUUGGCAACAGCACUGGAUAUAGGGCUUUCCAACUGGAGCUUCCUCUUCAUCAGCAUUAGUUUGUACACCAUGACCAAGUCCUCAGCAGUGCUGUUCAUUCUCUUUUUCUCCCUUGUGUUCAAACUAGAGGAGCCGAACCCCUUCCUGAUCCUCGUGGUCCUGCUGAUCUCCAGCGGACUCUUUAUGUUUACAUUUGAGUCGACUCAGUUCAACAUGGAGGGCUUCAUCAUGGUGCUGUUGGCCUCCUUCAUCGGGGGAAUCCGCUGGACCCUCACUCAGGUCCUCAUGCAGAAAGCAGAGCUGGGUCUUCAGAAUCCCAUCGAUACCAUGUACCACCUCCAGCCUCUCAUGUUUCUUGGACUUUUCCCCCUUUUUCUCUACAAUGAAGCGCUGAGCCUGAGUGCUUCGGAGAAGUUAUUCCGGGUGACGGAGCUCUCUCCACUCCUCUAUUCCCUCGUGACGCUGAGCGUAGGCGGCACACUGGCCUUCGGGUUGGGCUUUUCUGAGUUUCUCCUCGUCUCCAAGACCUCCAGCCUCACAUUGUCGAUAUCAGGAAUCUUUAAGGAGGUAUGUACGCUGGUUUUGGCAGCAUCUCUGAUGGGAGACAGAAUGAGCAAUCUGAACUGGCUGGGGUUCGCAGUGUGCCUCUGUGGGAUUUCUUUACACGUGGGACUCAAAACAUACUAUUCCAAAAAUAAGGUUCCUUCUGUUCGGCAGCUCAGCAGUAAAGGUUCAGAGCUUCAGUUGCCAUUACUUCAGCAGAACGGAGAUAAAUGUGAGGAUUCGGCUGCUGAUGACUAUAACGAUGAAGAGGAGGAGCAAGAAAUCUCACUGCAUUGACAAAACCCCACUUGGACCCAGCUCAUUCCUUAACCUUUAGAGAAGCUCUUCCAGCUUCUUCGUUUCAGUUUUCUUCUAUCUGAAGGGCUUCAGUGUGACACAAAACCUCUGUUAGUUUUUUUGUUUAAUUUUUAGUUGUUUUUUGUUGUUGUUGCUUCCUUAGCUAUGCAUUUCUCUCUGGACUUAAAACGCAACAAAAAAAUUAAUAUUUUGAUAUUAAAUUGUAGCAAGUACAGGCAAAUAUUAUGAAUUUAUAAUGUCUGACAGGUAAGAGACAGUGUUAUAUCUUUACAGCAAUGUUCUGACGCAUCAAAUGAGGGGGGGGUUCCUUAUCCAUCAGCCACAUUGGAGAUGUCUUCAAUGUUAAUCUGAUAGUUAUUGGAGAAUAAUUUUGGACAAAAAAAAACAUUUUUCCCUAAAAAAAAAAAUAAGGCAAGUUAAUGUGUAACAUAAAUCUACCAAUUCUGAAAAAUAUUCCUAUUAAUUCUGGCCGAUAUUAGUUUCUGGUUCCAAUUUUCACAUAUUCAGUGUUUUUUUUUUUUUUUAAGGGCUAUAAUGAAUAAGAUAAAAAAGAAAAUUGCAGGUUCUUUGAGGUGAGAUUUUUGAAUCCAACAGAAAAUGACUAACUUACAUAAUCAUCUCUAUUUUAUGCGUUGUAUCAUAAAGUUGUCAACCUUUUUCCAGAUGAAUAGGGUUAAGAAGAUCCUGUGUGUGUGUUUAAAAGAAUAGUGCUCACAGUUUUUAGUUCUGAUGUACUUUAUGGAUGGGAGGAAAAAUUAUUUUUCAUUAUUCCACUUGAUGAUUAAGAGAAAGUUAGCCAUUUCAUGUCUGGCCAUUUAUUGUUGCAUCAAUUUUAAUACUUUCGACAUUAAGCAGCUGUCAGAUGUCAUAGACCUAAAUAUCAUUCCAUAGUGUUUAUCAUGAUACUGGAUACAGGUUAAAUGAUCAUACUGUGACCAAUAUUUAAAACGCUCUGCCUGUAAAUUUAAAGCUUGGUUCAAUGUUGGUUACUAAUAUUUUCCAGGCUUUUACUUAUAUUUCAAAGCUAUGUGCCUUAUGAGCUAUUUUUGCUAAUGAGUAUGUCAGUGAUUUGCAGAGCUAUUGAUGAAAAGAUUUUGAUGUGUAUUAUUUUCAGUAAAAGGAGACUAAUGAUAAGGGUGUAAAAUGUAAUUUUAUUAAAAUUUUUAAUAAAUUUGUUUCAGUCA